AUGACUAGACGGCUUGUUAUUAGUGUUAUUAGGCGAGUGCGAGGCAGGAUCGCAGCCCAGCGGAUGGCUGGAGCCCGUGACACGUUGUAUAUUAUUCCUGACACCGAUCUCUCGGGGGCAUCCCACUGUUAUAAAGAAGCGUGCGUGGAGUUACCGGGGGGGGGGGAGUCGUCGCUGUCUGUGACAUCUGUCUGUGAUGAGGAGCAGCUCAGACGCCCCCUUCUGUGCCGUCCGCCGUGUCCGACGGCUGUGUUUGUGCAUUUGCUUGCAGAACCUGCCUUCGGGGAAGUGAACCAGCUCGGGGGGGUGUUUGUCAACGGGAGACCCCUGCCCAAUGCCAUCAGGCUGCGGAUUGUGGAACUGGCGCAACUGGGUAUCAGGCCGUGUGACAUCAGCCGGCAGCUCCGCGUUUCCCACGGCUGUGUCAGCAAAAUCCUGGCUCGCUACAACGAGACCGGCUCCAUCCUACCGGGGGCUAUCGGCGGCAGCAAGCCUCGGGUCACCACUCCCACGGUGGUCAAACAUAUCCGGACCUACAAACAAAGGGAUCCGGGCAUCUUCGCCUGGGAGAUCCGGGAUCGCCUGCUGGCCGAUGGCGUGUGUGACAAGUACAACGUGCCGUCGGUCAGCUCCAUCAGCCGCAUCCUCCGGAACAAAAUCGGGAACCUGUCUCAGCAGAGUCACUACGAGUCUUACAAGCAGCACCAGCCGCCCCCACAGCCUGCUCUGUCCUACAACCACAUCUACCCCUACCCCAGCCCCAUCGCUGCCGCAGGAGCCAAGGUGUCCACCCCUCCCGGGGUGCCGGCGAUCCCCAGCACCAUGGCCAUGCCCAGGACGUGGCCGUCCUCUCACUCGGUGACGGACAUCUUGGGGAUCCGGUCCAUCACAGACCAAGCAGUGAAUGACACUUCGCCUUACCCCAGCCCCAAGGUGGAAGAAUGGAGCAGCUUGGGCCGAAACAGCUUCCACCCGCCCACCCAGCAUGCAGUGAACGGGUUGGAGAAGAGCUCCCUUGAGCAGGAGGCCAAGUACAGCCAGGUGAUCUGGAUGGCACCCAAUUCGAACCCCAUUUGUGAGACCUGCCUCUUACUGGCCACCUGCUUCCACGGCCAAAACACAGUGCCCUGUCCACCAACCCACAUGGCUUCAGGGCACUCCACCCGGAUGAAACUAAUAAAGAAAGUCAGAGAGGCAGCCAAUGGCCUCCCAGCCGUCAGCAGUUUCGUGUCCGCGCCGGCCAUGCCCCCCUACGCCACGCCGGCCCAAGUGUCACCUUACAUGACGUACAGCGCCUCUCCGUCCGGCUACAUGGCGAGCCACGGCUGGCAGCACGCCGGGGGCACCCCGCUGUCCCCUCACAGCUGCGACAUCCCCGCCUCGCUGGCCUUCAAGGGCAUGCAGACUGCCAGGGAGGGCAGCCACUCCGUCACGGCCUCCGCUCUCUGA